AUGGAGGAUGAAUUCAAUGUAACAUAUGUAACUCUUGCAGGGUAUGUGCAAGUGGACGAAUACAGAUUUCUUUAUUUUGUGAUUAUGUUGACAGUAUAUAUUCUAAUACUCUGCAGUAAUUGUACUAUUGUGUACCUUAUCUGGAUUCACCAAAGCCUCCACGAGCCUAUGUACAUUUUUAUUGCAGCUUUGUUAUUGAACUCUGUACUUUUCUGCACUGCUAUCUACCCAAAGCUGUUGAUUGAUGUUUUAUCUGAUAAACAAAUCAUAUCUUAUUCAGCCUGUCUCUUUCAAUUCCAUAUGUUUUACUCUGUAGGCGGUUCAGAAUUCUUACUGUUGGCAGCCAUGUCCUAUGACAGGUAUGUUUCUAUAUGUAAACCUCUGCAAUAUCCAACCAUCAUGAACAAAACUACUGUCUGUAUUUUCUUGGUUUUAGCCUGGAUUCUGCCUGCCUCUCAGGUUGCAGUGCCAGCUGCACUGAGUGCUAAUCAAAAACUCUGUAGCUUUAUUUUAAAAGCAAUUUUUUGCAACAAUACAGUUUAUAAACUUCAAUGUGUGGUCUCAAGAGCUCAAAUAAUAUAUGAUAUGGUAGUUUUGCUAAAUGUUGCACUUCUUCCUGUUCUUUUCAUACUUUUUACGUACACAAGGAUAUUUUUAAUAACCUAUCGAAGUAGUAGAGAAGUCAGGAAAAAAGCUGUACAGACCUGUUUACCCCAUCUGAUAGUUUUAAUCAACUUCUCCUGUUUGUGUGCAUAUGAUGUCAUCACAGUUCGACUGGAAUCUGACUUUCCAAUAACUGUACGUUUAAUAAUGACUUUACAAAUAGUAAUGUAUCAUCCUCUCUUUAAUCCAAUCAUGUAUGGACUAAAAAUGAGAGAAAUUUCUAAACACCUGAAGAAGCUGUUCUGUCCAGCCAAAACGAUCUGA